GGUCAUAAUUAAAAGGAAGCUUGCACGGUGUAGUUCGACUUUUGUUCCGGUUUUAGUCGCUAAUACAUUGAAGUGAAAAUGAUAAUUCAAAAUUUGAUUUUCGUUUUCACUUUUUAUCUUACUAUGGAAAGUGCCCAAAGCUCAACCGUAGCUGACACAGGUGUCGCUGGUGGUGACUUAAACGUCACCGAUGCUGAUAUAAGCGUUUCCGGUACGAAGCAUUGUGCUGACCGUCCUCCACAAAGUGACUGGACCUACUUGGGCAAUGUUGGAACGAAACAUUUUUUCCUUUUUGAUAACAACACUUUGGUGUCAUGGCAAGAUGCUGUCGCUAUUUGCAGUGGUAAGGGAAUGUACCUUGUCAAAAUUAAUGACAAAGCCGAAAUGGAUUUCGUAAAUCUACAAGUUGUGACGAACAAAAUUGGUCCAGUUUGGUUCGGAGCGAGAGAUUUGGGCGGUAGAGGUUCAUAUAAAUGGACACCCAACACUGCUGCUAGUUCCUAUUCAAUUGGCACCUUUGUAAAUUUCUCUGAUUUCCUGGAAAACGGCCCGUUAGCUUUGCAGAUGAACUUACGCGUGUCUAAUAAUCUGUUUCCGGCACCAUCAUACUUGAAAACAGCCAAACCAUUUUGCCAGUCAGCAACGACAACUUAUUGAUAAAAUCAAUUGAGUGUUGAGCUGGUCACUGCAACUUAAAUUGCACGUCGGUAUAACUUUUCGUUUGAGAAAUUUCUAAAUUACUUUCCUUGUUAUCUAUCGUAUGAAUAAAUUACAGCGCAUUAGUAAAAGUAAUCUGGACGUAUUG